AAGCACACCAAUUAGUGAAUCUGAUUCCUGGACAGUUAUGACAGAUAAGUUUGCAGGGAUGGCUGAACUCAAUUCCAAACUUCUCUUUCCAAAGGUAGCACAUCUUCGAGCUCAUGUACUGAUUCACACUGGAGAGAAACCGUAUCCAUGUGAAAUCUGUGGGACUCGCUUUCGCCAUCUGCAGACACUCAAGAGUCACCUUCGGAUCCACACAGGAGAGAAGCCUUACCAUUGUGAGAAAUGUAAUCUGCACUUUCGCCAUAAGAGCCAGUUACGACUUCACCUGCGACAGAAGCAUGGAGCCAUCACCAACACGAAGGCCCAGUACCGUCAGCCUGUGGAGACACAAUCUGAUCUCUGUCAAGCUCGCUGAGUGCUCUCAAACUUGGAACAUUUGAGGAAAAUUGACUUUGUUGAGGUGGUGGAAUUUCUUUGAAUUGUUAAGGGUUUUCAUUGUCUCCAUGUGGCAAACUUUACAACAGGUGUCAUCGGAUAAAACUCUAACGGGUUUCUUAAGCUUGUGAAAAGAAGUGCUUGCAAUUAUUCUGGUUAAUAGAUAUUGGAGUGUUUAGCUUUUAAAAGAUGCCUCUCUACUCUAAUAUAAAGAAAUGUAUGAAUAUAUAUAUUUUUCCUGUGCAAAGCACAGCAGAGUUGUAUUAUUAUAUACGAGUGGGAAGGGUCGAUAUUUUUAACCAAAGUUUUAGCUAUGGCAGUUACAGAAUGAUGCUUCAGACAGAUUGUCUGCAGGCAGAGCACAGUCUGAACAUCUUAUUGCUUAAAGCACUUAAGAUAUUUUGUCUAUUGUGAAAAUUAUAUAUGUGCUUUUGAAGUAUUCUUUACAGUGGUUUCCAAAAAGUAAGGUUUACAUUUGUCCAAAUGCUGUAUUCAUUUUUCAUUUGUGGUGUUCUUGUCUUGUUGACCAGAGCAGAUCCAUUGGUGCCUUCUACGUGCUAAAGCUGAUUGUCCCAAAGGCCCUGAUACUCCGACUUUUUGCACCUCCCUCAUUCCUUUCCUUCCCUACCCCUUCUGUACUCCUCUCUCUUCUCCUGGAUCCCUCAGUGCUCUGGGGUCACAGAGCUCCGCUGUGAGCUUCCAACACAAUGUUGGCUUAAAAACAGGGCAAUGAUUUGAGAAUUUUUAUCACAUACUGUACAAUAUAGCUGUAAGGAUGUAAUAAAGAUAUAUCGCACUG